AUGGCAACAUGGAGCAGCAUCUUAUACUUUGUCUCAGGCGCUGCAGGCAUACCAGUCAAUCCUGUAGACUUUCUUUGUAGCUUCAACGCAUUCCGCAAGGCCAUUCCUACCAUCAACACCAUACGCCUGUGCAACCAAUUUGGCAGACGCGAAAACGCUGGACUCACCAAACUUCCAAAAGAGCUCAUCGCCUUGUUCCGCCGGGAAGAAAAAUCUGCAGUCGAUGGAUGGGCCAACGCCUACAAAUGCUUCGAGGGGACUUGUCGUCUGCACUCUCACGUAGAGCAGGUGCGUCCGAAGAUAUUCUCGGACAGCGAGAUCGAGGAUGUCAAGAGGCAGAUCCUAUACAACCACCCAAAGUGGCAAACCAAAGAUGGUGUCGCGUUACCUGAACGCUACCAGGAGCGCUUCGAGGAUGAGGUGGCCUUACAACUCAAUGAGGAAGUGGAUGGUAGACUCUCCGACCUCUGCUUCGAGAUCAAACAUCGAUGGCAGUCCGAUAUUCAAGAGCUGUUGAACAACGAUGCAUGUACAUUGUUACGCAAGCACUUUGGUCUGGACCCCUACAUCAUGCAUGAGACCCUUGACAGCUCCACCAUCAAAUACCUACAGAGAACCGACACGCGCUACUCUUCCAGAUCCAGGCCUGAGAAGACAACUAUAUGUCUCCUCGUCUUGCCAUCCCGGAAUGCACAGUGGAAGACACGCCUCGACGAAUCGUCCGAGGACUUCGAAUACUACCAUGGUGAAUCGGUAAUAUCCAUGCUAGUCGAUCGCAAGUCAUUGAAUCUGACCGAUAAGCACCAAAGACGCUUUGCUCGAGCAUUGUGCAGACUUGCCUUGGAGCCAUCAGUACACCCAUCUCAAUUCCAGAAAGAACUAUCUGCAAACUCUACCAUCGACAAUCCCUGGUCGCUAGAGCAAACCUCCCUGUCUGCCUUAACCAAGAAAGGGUCUGAACAGGACAACGCACAGAGAGAUGCUGUCACUACAAGACGCAUCAAAGAUUUGGAGCAGAGCCAGUGGCCAAAGUUGAUGUUUCUAGCCACUCAAACCAUUUCUGGUCCUUGA